AUUUCGGUUGGUAGACAUUACGCAAGUAAAGAAUAAAAAUGGCCGACGUCAUCGACAUUGUUCGAAUGAAAUAUGAAACUCUGUUGCGAGUAGCCGAGCGUGAAUCGUUUGUAUCAGUUGACGCGCGAUCCUGCGAUAAAAAAUAGUUUGAGAAUACGAAAAUUCCCUUCCGAUAGUUCGCUCGUAGAGCUAGUCGCAGGAUUGACAGACAAAAUCCCUCUGGCAAAAAAUGGCGUAUCGCGGUGUGAAGGGAUCCGAUCCGUUUGUGUCAAAAACGUCGCGAAAUGAACGUUUCGCGCAGAUGUCAAAGCAAGAGCAGAUCAUUCAACAGAAAAAGAUGGAGAUUCAAGCGAAAUUGCAGGAACAAAAAGCGAAAGAAGCUGUGGAAUGCAUGAAAAAGUCAAGCUCGUCGGCUUCGGCUCCAACAAUCAGUAAGAGCGCUCCUUCAAAGGAGGAUGAUGAAAAGCCUACUAUGAAUGUAUUUGCCAACGACGGCAGUUUCCUUGAUCAAUUUAAAAAGAUAGCCAAUAAAACAAGUAGUAAACAAGAUAAGGAACAGGAUAAGGAAGAUAAGAGAAAAGACGAGAGAAGCUAUGAAAGUACAAGAGAAAGAGAUAGAGAGAGAAAGCGCAGUAACGAAAAGAAUAGAGACUGGGAAAGCAGACGCGAUCGUCGAAGAAACGAUACACGAUGGGGAAGAAGUUCAGAUAGGAAGCACAGUUCGUCGUCAAGUCCGUCGCCCACCAGGCAUAGGUCACCACCUAGUCCAGAGAUUCGACACAGCUACAAUCAAUCACAAAAUGGACAGCGCAAGCAGUUCAAUCAGCAACAAUUCCCGAUUCAAAACAACAAUCACAACAUUUCUUCCAUCCCGUCCCUUAUGUCUCAACCGGUACAGAUGCAAAUAACGAAUAUCCCACCUCCAAAUAUAAGGAACUUGACACCAAAUAUUCCAUCUGCGCACAUGCAGAGGAUACCGGUGUCGAAAAGCUUUAGCAAUAAUUAUGCUAACAUGAACGAGCCGCAUUCUAAUAACGUGAGAAUGCCAAUUGCACCGCCACCACAUAUUAUACGUCCUCCACCCCCUCCUUCUAUUCAGAGCAUUCCACCGAAUACGAAUGUUCCACCACCAAAUAUGCAAAUGUCCCAAGCUAUGCCUAUGCCCAGUUUAUCCUCGCCAUCGAACGCACAACCACACAUUAUACAAAAUCCACCACAGCAAUGUAGUGUACCACCGCCACCAGCAUGCAAUGCCAGUUUACAACCUCCAAAUAUUCCUCCACCUAACAUACCACCGCCGAACAUUUUACCACCAAUGUCGCAAAUGCCUCCACCAACUAUGAUGCCUAUUACAGGCUCACAAACUAUCGUGGUAACGGUACCAAAUGUAGCCAACGUUCCACCUCCAAACGUGAUCACAUCUAUGAUAAUGUCAGCACCCCCGCCAGUGCACACUGUACCAUCAACCAUUAAUUCGGUUCCACCACCAAACCUGAAUAUUCCUCCACCAAACAUCCCACCUCCCAAUGUCAUUCCUAAUGCGGCACCGCAGUCGCGCGGUCUUAUGACCAGUGGCUAUCCUCUUUCCAAUCAGGUACCUAUUUCGGUAGGUCCUCCUAAUGUACAGAUACCACCGCCUGUGAGACCGCCGGCUAAUCUACAAAGUUCUGAACAACAAGUGUGUUUAGUAGAGGCUGAGCAGCUGGCACGAAUCGUGGCUGACUGUGGGGAUGAGAUUGAACAAGAAGUACGAGAGAAGAAUGCCCAAGAUCCUAAAUUAUGGUUUCUGCACCAAAAGCAAAGUGCAGCGUAUCUGCAGUACAGGGGAUUGGUUUCCAAAUUACGUGCGGAGAAGCCAGAUAAGGAUAAGAGAAACAGUGGUGCAGAACUUUAUUGUCCUGAAGAAGCUCUUAGUGACAACGAUGAGGCGGAUAAAUCUCAGAAAUCUCAUUCAACACUAUAUGUAGAUCAGUUAAAAGAAGAAAAUAAGGAAGAACGGAAAAGAAGAAAACGUAGUCGCUGGGGUGAUCCAGACAAUAAAGUUCUCGUUACAGAAACAAAUGUAUCUGCUGGUAAUAGAUCAGGUGCCACCCUUCCGCAACCUGGUAUAGCUAUACCAGGACAAAUUGGACAGCCCGCAGUCAUAAUACCUUCUCUAUCGAAGAGACAGAAUGUUAAAUCAAAGAAUCCAAUGCUUACUAAAAUUUCGCGGAACGAUCCUGCACUUAUUCAUUAUGCGAGACAGACAUUUGGUACACUUGAUUUAAGUGAAGAGCAAUGGAAAAAGGCAGAGGAUCAUUAUAAGAUAAAUCUCUUAUAUCAAAAUCUCUUAAGGAAAAGAGAAGAAGUGAAACGUUUGGAAGCACAAGGGAAACAUAAAUACGAAUACGAUAGCGAUGAAGAGACAGAAGGAGGCACUUGGGAACACAAAUUGAGAUCUGCUGAAAUGGAGGCGACACAAAUGUGGGCUGAAGAAUUAACUGCGCAAGCGGAAGGCAAACACCAUAUUGGUGAUUUUCUACCACCGGAUGAGUUAAAAAAAUUUAUGGAACAAUAUAAUGCCGUGAAACAGGGAAAAGAACCCGAUUUGAGCGAUUAUAAGGAAUAUAAAUUAAAGGAAGAUAAUAUAGGAUUUCAGAUGUUACAAAAGCUUGGAUGGAGCGAAGGACAAGGAUUGGGUAGCGAGGGUAGCGGACGUAUCGAACCAAUUAACAAAGCGACAAAUAGACUCGAUAGUGCAGGUCUGGGUUCUGAAAGACCAGAUGGAGUAUCUAGAGAUGACGAUGAAUUUGAUGCAUAUAGAAAAAGGAUGAUGCUUGCUUAUAGAUUUAGGCCUAAUCCAUUAAAUAAUCCAAGAAGACCUUAUUACUAAGAGCUAAGAUACAUUACUAUUAAACUAGUAUUUCUUUCAUUAUCGAACAAUGUAGUAGAUUGCCUUUAUUUUGUAUAUUUGAGAUUGUACAUUUCAUUUUAAAAUAUAUCUCUUGUACAAUU